UUUCCCUAUACGCGCCGGUUUUUUCUUUUUCUUUUUCUUUUAUUUUUUUGCCAUUUUUUUGGAUCUCGAGCGGAGUGGGGGAAGGAGACGAACGAGAUGAUCCUCGCGGUGCUCUUCGCCAACACCGAUGGCAACAUCCUCGUCGAACGCUUUCAUGGAGUUCCUGCUGAGGAGCGGCUUCAUUGGCGCUCUUUUUUGGUGAAGUUGGGAGCUGAGAAUCUCAGAGGAGCGAGAAAUGAGGAGCUUCUAGUUGCUUCACACAAGUCUGUGUAUAUUGUCUACACCAUGCUUGGGGAUGUCUGCAUAUAUGUUGUUGGAAAGGAUGAAUAUGACGAGCUUGCUUUGUCGGAGGUGAUUUUUGUCAUCACAUCAGCAGUCAAGGACGUAUGCGGGAAACCUCCAACCGAACGCCUCUUCCUCGACAAAUAUGGAAGAAUUUGCUUAUGCCUCGAUGAAAUUGUUUGGAAGGGGAUGCUGGAAAACACUGAGAAGGACAGAAUCCGAAGGUUGAUAAGGUUGAAACCUCCUGUGGAGCCAUGAUCUCAAGGAUCCUUGGAAUUUACGUCUUCAUGCAUUUCUAGGCCAUUUCUUGUUUCCUGGCAUCGGCAUUUCUCCUUACCUUUUGCGUUUGUUUAAAGAUCUUGUAACUAGUGAUCGAUAUUUCUACUCUCCUGUAAUGAUAUAUAAAUCAAGUUCCUUUUAUAGACAUCGGUAGUGAGUAGAAUCGCUGGAAUGGAAUAUUUCGAGGGUUGGAGGCAAUAUACUUUCCUGUUUGCAUUUCUAUGUGAAAAUAAGUAUACUUUUAACAAAUUUUUGUAUGCUGUUACUUUGAUUGAAGGGUUUUAUUUAUGCUUAUUGGCUCAAA